AUUACUCCCCCUUCACAUUCAUUUUCUAUUUCAUCUCGCUUCUCUCUGUCUCUUCUAUACCCAAACGGCAACACCGUCGUUGCCACCGUCGUAUUCCAGUCGCCGGCGUCGUAACCUCCGCUUUUCGGGUUCCCUCCUAUUUGAGAACCUUGCAAAAAUGAUUCUUGACAAGUUUGACAUUGAGGAAACUCAUUAUGAGGUUCUGAAUGUCAAGGAAGAUGCAGAUUACGAAGAGAUUCGUGCUAGUUACCGAAGUGCUGCUCUCAGUUUACAUCCCGAUAAGCUAUUGAAGACAUUUGAUACAACUAGCAGUAAUCAAACAACUACAGAUAGAUUUCUCAAAGUACAAAAGGCAUGGGAAAUUCUAAGUGAUUCAAGCUCUCGUUUGUUUUAUGAUAAGGAGCUUCAAAGUUCAAGGCGAGAUGUAAUGGCUGCUGAAGUUGCAGAAGAUUUAACAUUACAGGAUAUGUCAGCUGAAGAUGCCGAUGAAGUAUUAGAAUUGUUUUAUCAGUGCCGAUGUGGUGAUUAUUUCUCUUUGGACUCGUCAGAAUUGUUGAAAAUGGGCUAUUCCUUGUUGAGAGAUGGAAGGAGCAUAUCAAUAAGCAAUGGUGAUACUUUACCAGGAUCAGUUAUUCUUCCUUGUGGAUCUUGUUCAUUAAAAGCUCGUCUGGUACUCAAUAUGGAUAAUAACCAUUGAAAUUAUUGACAUUUUUUUUGUAUAAAUUAGGAGGAUUGAGAUUAUUAACAUUUUUAAAGAAGAUAGCUAACUAAUGAUAGCUGCUCAUUAUUGAAAAAUUUUCUGGGGCUGAAA